AUGAUGGACGAGCACGACCGGCGGCGACCCGCGCUCCUCAAGAGCGACCUCCUCAACCCGACCGAGUACAUCCCGACGAAGGACACGUUGACGUGCUAUGUGUGCAUGCGCAAGUUUAACAUAUUGCGGCACAAGCACAACUGCGCGCUCUGCGGCGAGGUCAUGUGCAGCAAGUGCUUCUUCCACGUGCCCGUGACAGCCCACCCGACGGAGCGGUACUUUGCCAUGGUGUGUGCGCCGUGCUACAAGGCCGACGACCGCCUCGGCCCGACCAGCGGCGUCCUCAAGGAAGAGAGCGACGACGACGACGCGGGCUACCACAGCAAUUACCAAAGCAGCUACCACAACAGCUACCACGACAGCUACCAAGGCAGCUACCAAGACCACUUUUCGAUCGGGAACGCGUCGCUCAUCUCGGACAGCAAUCCGUCACCGUGGUCGCCCGAGCGAAAAGCCUCGUUCGCGAGCCGAUCUGCGUUUGAUAGCUUACGAAGCAGCACGGCACUGCUGCCUGCACCCGACGACGGCGAUGGCAGCCACGCGAUCGCGCCGAUUGAAGCGUCCAAGGCCCCGACACGCGUCGCCAAGUCGGGCCGCGGCUCCAAAUGGCCGUCCAAAAUGCUCUUCGUGUACCCCGAAGAUCUGCUCAAAGAGUUUGUACCGAAAGGCAAACGCUCCAAGUGCGACCGCUGCAAGCGGUCGUUCACGCUCUUCCGACACAAGUACCAGUGCCAGACCUGUGGCGAAGUAUUCUGCAGUCAUUGCACGACCAACCAGCUCGCACUGCGACCGGACGGCCAGUCGUCGUUUGACGUCACGGUCUGUUGGACGUGCGUCCACAUUAGCAUGGUCCAGGGCAAUUUCUCCAACUGCCGCGCGCUCCAGAAAGCGGUCAUGGGCCUCUUCCACGACCCGCACUACCCGCCGCCCAAUACGAACCAAGUCGAACACCGCGUCUUGCGACUCGAAGCCGCGCAUGUGAUCCCGUACGACCGCCUCAUGAAGAAGAGUCUCUGGGUCUCGCUUAAAGACCGGUCCAAUUGCCGCGCGUGCCACGACAAAUUUCGCUUCAUUAUGCGCAAGGACCACUGCCGCCUCUGCGGCGAAGCGUUUUGCUUCAUGUGUCUCUUUGACAUUCUCGUCUCGGACGUCCCGCGCCAAGGCGAGUGGCAAGUCGCCCCCAUCUGCCAAGCGUGCUCGACAAAUACGACCAAGCGGUUUGAGCCCGAGACCGCGAGCCGGUACAUUUCCGGAGCGGGCCAUGCCAACGCGACGACCAACUCGCGUGUCGUUCGGUCCCGCGCGAGCUCGGCCGAGGCGCCGUCGAUUUCACGCAAGCCAAGUACGGUCGCGAUGCGGCCGCCGUCCGAGUACCGACGCGGCUCCAACCCCGAGAUGAACCGGUCGUACCCGCUCGACUUUAGCUGGGGCUGCCAAUGGCCCAAAGCGCCGACGCUCCCAAACGAGUUUGACCGGCUCGCGGCGCUCCACGCGUACGAGAUCCUCGACACGCCGCGCGAAGACGUGUUUGACAUUAUCUGCGAGCUCGCGUCCAACGCGCUCAAGUGCCCGAUCGCCGCGGUCUCGCUCAUCGACCACGACCGGCAAUGGUUCAAAGCGUCCGUGGGCCUCGCGCAGGACGUCAUUCCGCGUGACGUGGCGUUCUGUGCGCACACGAUCGUGUCCCACGAUACGAUGAUUGUCCUCGACGCGCUCCGCGACCGACGGUUUGUCAUGAACCCGCUCGUGACGGGCCCCGCCGGCGUCCGGUUUUACGCCGGCACGCCGAUCGUAACCUCGAACGGCCAAGCGAUCGGCACAGUGUUUGUGUUUGACAACGAGCCGCGUCAGCUUGGGUUUAGCGACAUUGCGACGCUCGAGAAGCUCGCGAGUGUCGCGAUGAAGAACAUUGACGACCGCAAGGAGGUCUGGGGCAAGAAGCUCUCGCCGCUGCCCACGGUGCCAGAGACGGUGCACGAAGAAGUCCACCCUGCCAUCGAAGAGACGACAACAUCACCGACGACGUCGACGCCGACCGAUGUCGUCGCCGAGGCACCGGCGCCAACGUCCGACGGCUCGAACCUCGAAGCCAUGAUCAUGGCGCUGCUCUGCCGAACGACCGACACACAGCAGGCGCUGGCAUCGCAGCAGUGCGUGCUGUUUCAGACGCUCGGGCACCACACGGCCGAGCUCGACCGGCUCGACCAGCUCGCGCGCCGGAUGGAGGCCAAGCUGAACGCUGACGCCCGUGAAACCAAGCAGCAACAGCACAGUAGCAGCGGCGAAGACGACGAAGAGACCUAUGUCUUGCGAUGA